AUGUCUGAUAAUGUCGGCCUGUCCACGCCCCGUGGCAGCGGCACCUCGGGCUACGUCCAGCGCAACCUCGCCCACAUGAAGCCUCGCAACUACGCCGCCCCAUACACCAAGGACCCGGACACCAUCCGACACAAGCAGCGCCAACCGGAUAAGGGGAUUCUCGAGCACGACCGGAAGCGUGAAGUCGAGGUCAAGGUCCUCGAGCUACGCGACGAGCUAGAAGAGGAAGAAGUCGAAGAAGGUGAGAUUGACCGCCGUUGUGAUGAGCUAAGGUCAAAGCUGCUGGCCGACAUGGAAAAGGGAAAACGUGCCGCCAGUGGACCCAAGAAGCAGUUCAAGGAUCACCAGGUUCACGAGAUGGCCGAUGCCAAGAUCAAGGAGAGCGAGAGGCUGAGGAGGGCCCUCAAGAUCAGCUCCGACUACGAAGAGGGUAGUCACUGGAGGAAGCAGGAGGAGAGGCUGCGGAGUAACCUGGAGAAGGAGGAGGGUGAGAGGGGCGAUUAG